AUGCAACCAGCGCCGCCAUCCAAAGCCGAAUGCCUUCUUCCCAGGUUGGUUCGCAGGUCCGAUGGCUCUUUCAUUCAGCCUUGCAAAGAACCUACGGCCUUUGUGCAUCAUCAACUCGACGUCUCUCGCCUGGACCGCAUAGCCAGGCAUCUUUGGCUGGCUGGAAGAAUCGGCAAUGUCCAUCCUCUUCAUCGUCAGCACCUUCUGGGCCGUCAAGUGAUCGUGACCGAACAGUCGGAUCUUCAUCUGCUCUGGAUCAACGACACCAUCUUCAUCAAGCCACUCCCAGGCUGGCUCCUGGACGAGGACUUUUGCAAGGAGUAUAUCCCCACCUCGCCAUAUCUCCAGGCCAGCGCGAAUGGGCUUCUUCGGACUUACGCCUGUCUCAUCACGUAUGAAUCAGAUUUUGCCCUGGCCAUCAAUCUGAGACUUCUUCCACAAAGCACCACCUGGCGGGCCUGGCAGGAAUUUGUUCAAGAUAGCCUCUUGCCUCUCUGCCUCCAGCACAACAAGGCAAAUUUCGCCCCAAGAUACACGUACGGCGAGCUGCGCCUCAGCCGAAUAAAUCUGCUGUACCGCUUUCUUCCCGAGCUCAAACUGAAGUAUCUCUUCCGUGGUUAUCACUAUGGAAGCCAGACGUACCAACGCCUCCUCGAGCGUAACUUUGCGUGGCUGAUAGCGGGAUUCGCCUACAUUGCACUUGUGCUCACCGCCAUGCAGGUAGGCCUGCAGACCACACAGCUUCAGACCAGCGCCGCUUUCAACGCUGCAAGCGCCGGCUUUACCAUCUUUUCAAUCAUCGUGCCUCUGUUCGCUGUUGGGCUCCAAGCGACCAUAUCGCUGAUGGCGCCAAAGCUCAAACCUUGA